AUGACCACUGGUGCAAUGUCAGGCGCUCAAGCUCGGGUUUCUGGUCCCCUGAUGCGGGCGCCACAGCUGGGCGUCUGCCGCCCCGUUCGCGCCGCACCCGUCGCCCACGCGUGGCGUGCCAAUGGGCGGGAGCAGGAUUCGCAGACCACCUCGUCGACGCAGGCCCGCAUCAGCGCAUGGCGGGCCAACGUCAACGGGAACGGGAACGGCAAUGGCAAUGGGAAGGCCCCUGAGCCCGAGUCGCCAGUGCAGGAGCGUGCGCAAACAUGGCGCGCAACCACGCGGGAGCCUGACACAGACACGGAGGUGCCGGCGGCCAUCAACGAGGGGCUGAUUAACAGCAACUUUGCAGCGGCGCUGCAGGCCGCGCUGUCGCGCAGCGGGGGCGAGGGCGCCCUCUUGGGCGACGCGGGCAGAAGCGAGGAGGAGGAGCGCAACUCCCCGCUGAAGCCUGUGGAGGAGAUGCUCGUCACGGCGCUGCACACCAGCCGCGCCACCCUGCGGCGCCUGGUGGAGCGGCAGUCCAUGCUGGAGGCGGAAAUUGCGAACGAGCAGAAGCAGGCGGCGCGGCUCGAGUGGCUGCUGAACAGGGCCAGGGCGGACUACGCUUACUUCACCGCGAUCGACAAAAUGAGCCACGACAGCGACUGA